AUGUGUGGGCGCAAGAGUUUAUUCCAUGCUGUCACAUCGCCAGAGGCAAAAUUGCAAGAAAAAAUGCUCAAUAAGACACACAAGAUGAAAUCGCAAGCUUAUAGCCUUCCAACAAAGCAAUAUCCACCAACUAACCAGUCAUCACAUCAUCAACAACAUCAUCGGUCAACGUCGGUCAAAAAGAAAGAAAAUAAAGGGGAGAAAAGUGAAAGUAUUAAAAGGAGCACAUUCACGGAGAGACAGCCAUUUAAUCGCAAAGACGAAAUGAAAUAA